AUGUUAGGUGAUCAUUGCAAGAACGAAUUUGAUACCAUGAGCGACAGUUUAUCGUCAAAUCUAUUCCAACUUGAAGGAACUCCUAAUGAACUCUUGCUUGAAAUUUUUCAAUACGUGAAUCCCAUUGACCUUCGUAGUUUCGAGGGUCUGAACAAACGAAUAAAUUGCAUUAUUCAAGCUUUGAAAGUGAAUAUCGUUGUUCGAUGUCAAGAAAAAGAUGAAUUCAAUUAUUUAUCGAUUUUUACUCCAACACAAAUAGUCCGUUUGGAAAUACGUAACUACUGUUUGCCAUUGAAAUUGAACGUGAUGACUGAACUACGUUCGUUUACACUUGAUUGUACCUAUCUUUCAAACGAGCAACUAGAUCAGAUAACGAAAAUCAGACUACUUCGCUUGGAAUGGCUCUCAAUUGAAAAUGUAACGUAUGAUCUACGAACACCUUUACUGGAUGUUAUUUCUCGGGGGGAACAUUUCCCAUCACUCAAAACAUGCCAAAUAAAAUCGAGACAUCAUUACAAUUUGGAAAACAACGAUAGUAAAUCAUUGCCAAACAAUGCACUUCGUUCUCUUGCUAUAGACACAUGGCAUUGGUCCCAACUAGAUUGGCUUCUACAUCAGCUGCCUAAUUUACGCCGAUUUGAAACAAAUUUUGGGAAAUCAUAUGAUUCAAUGAUACACUAUGUUCAACCUCAUCUAUUGAUCACAUAUUUAAAAAUUACUCUCAACGAUCCUUUACAUGAUCUGGAGAAGUUCCUUAAAUGGACACCGAAUCUCACUCGACUGCGUAUCCGAGGAAAAAUCAGGGGUAAUGAUGUACUCAAACAUUUUGAGAAAAUGGCCGAAUUUCUAUCUAUCCUUGUUCCUCGUCUACAACAUUUCGAUUGUGAGUUUUAUUGUUAUACUAAUGACAAUGAAGCACAUGAAUUAAUUAUACGACAGCUUCAUCCAAUUUUCAGCAAAAUCCGAUGCCUUUCAGGAAGAGCUCAAAAUAAAUGCUAUGCCACUGAUAUUAUGAUAUAUCCAGUUGACAACGAAUAUGAAUGUGAGUAG